GUAAAUGUAGGAAGGAGGCCGGUAGUUAUGCGAAGUGCGUUCUCGCGAAGGACUCUGUGAACGUAAACGAUUGUGCUCGAGAGUUCGAGACGUUCAAGGCGUGUCUGCAGCAAGCGGCCGUUGGUUUGCGUACCAAACUGUAAAAAUGCCGUCUCUGUGGCACAGAUUUAAGUUGGUCGAUUUUCGUUAUCACCUUCUCCUCUCGUUCCUGAUUCACCUCGCCCUAAUUCACUACGGGAGAUAUCACGACGAAAGUUACCCGGUUCCAUUCACCGACGUCGAUUACAAGGUGUUCACGGACGCGGCGCGGUACGUCGCGAAUUUCGAGUCGCCUUACAAACGGGACACUUAUCGGUACACGCCGCUGGUCGCCUACCUUCUACUCCCCAACGUUUUGCUGUGCGAUUAUUUCGGUAAGUUGCUGUUUUCCGCCGUCAAUAUCGUCGUGGCCUUGCUGAUACGCGAGAUCGUUCGACACAACUUGCACGAGUUCGAGCGGUACAGGCAGAGCUGCGACGUGAACAAACUGCAGAUCGUCGACGACAGGUCGAUUAAGCGCAGACGCAAGAAGCACGGGAAGAGCGACGUCGACAUCUCGGCGGACUUCGCGAUGAUCUUGUCGCUGUACAAUCCGAUGACGAUCGCCAUCGCCACGAGAGGUAAUUGCGAUUCGAUUGCCGGAGUUCUCGUCCUCGCGACUCUGUACGUCGUGCAAAUUUGGAAAAAUUCGUUCGUCGCCGGUAUUUUACACGGCGUCGCGGUACACGUACGUCUUUACCCGAUAGCGUUCAGUCUAGCGCUCUUUAUGCACUUGAGCGAGUUCGCCUUUUACUCGCAUAGCCAUCGACUGUCGGCCGUUGUCAAACCCGCGAAGGGCAAGAACAAGAAGAUACAGUUAAAAGGGGGCGAGAACGCCCUGGACUCGAGCUGUAGGCGAACGGUGUUUAAACUCGAGUACCUGUACUACUUGAUCCCGAAUCGAGAGCAGUUCAAGCUGGUAGUCGGCUGCAUCACGUCACUGUCCACUUUGAUUGGCGCCUUCUAUUUGCUCUACGGGGAGAAAUUCCUGCACGAGACGUACGUGUAUCACCUGACCCGAAAGGACACCCGUCACAACUUCUCCAUGUACUUCUAUCUGCAGUACCUAACGGCGGGAAUCAAAAACGUCGGCUUCUGGCAAAAUCUCCUGACGAUCCUCCCGCAGGUAAUUUUGCUCCUCGUGUUCUCGGUACGUUACGGCUUGAACAGGCUCUCGUUAAACUUUGCGUUUCUCGCGUUGACGAUAGUAAUGGUCGCGUAUAAUACGGUGCUGACUUCGCAGUACUUCGUCUGGAUCUUGGUCAUUUUGCCGCUGUGCGUUUGGCAGAUACAGAUGUCGAAGAAGUCCGCUCUGUUCUUGGUGACGAUUUGGUUCAUCGCCCAGGCCGCCUGGUUGUUGCCCGCUUAUUUCCUGGAGUUCCAAGGUCACAAUACGUUCAUGUUCGUGUGGGUGCAAAGUAUCUCGUUUUUUUGCGCCAAUAUGGCCAUUUUGGGACGGAUUAUUAAGUGCUAUAUGGUAGGAAAGGUCCAGAAAGUUAGUUAGACUGCGGUAGUGUGCCAGUGUUGUAGUUAUUUAUAGCAGUAGACUUUGUAAAUUUAUAUGCAUUCAUUAAAUAUUGUCACUUUAA